AUGCUGGAUGAUCUUCAUGUGAUGUACUAUGACUCGAUCACACGGCAAGCUGUCCAUCGUUCUUAUGAUGAUUCAAAACACUACAAUGAAGAGAAAAGUGAUGCUGGUGUCAUAUUUCGUGAUAUGUACAACGACAUGAAAGGUCGGGCAUUUUAUCUUAAGGAGCACCUAAAUCACACAGACGUUUUGCAGAGUUACCUGCAAAUGAAAAAGAACAAUGUGAUGAGAAAAGUGAAACCCAGAGUCAGACUCAUGAGGAAGACGCUCUCAGACUCUCAAGGGCUUCAGAUCAGCUGUCUGGCCACUGGUUUUUACCCCCGUCACAUUAACCUGACCCUGUUCAGAGAUGGUCAGCCUGUGGAUGAUGAUCAGAUCACAGGAGGAGAGAUUCUGCCCAACGGAGACGGAACUUACCAGAUGAGGAAGAGUUUGGUGAUCAGUGAAGAAGAGCUACAUGAGGAAUAUAAAUACAACUGCACAACGAAGCACCUCAGUCUGGACAACAAACUGGACAUUACAUUUGUUUCAGAUGUGGCUGAAUCUGAUCCAGGAUCCUUCAGUCAGCCUGUAGUUUUCAGUGUGCUGAUGUUCAUGUGUGGGGCUGUUCUCAUCAUAACUGCACUCAUCAUAUGGAGGAGGAGACGAGCUGCUGGACGAGGCUCUGAGGCGUCACAGUAUAAAUACUUCUCUACUUCAUGUGAGAGCUGUGUUUUAUGA